CCGGCCGCUCGCGCCCCCGCCCGCCCCUCGCCUUGACGGCAGACGCCUGGCCGGGUGGCUGAGAGGAGCCCCGCCGCCGCCGCCGCCCUCCUGCCCCAGCCUGGCCAUGGCCGGCCGCUCGCUCCUGCUGCUGGCCGCCGCCCUCGCCGCCCUGCUCGGGAGAGGAUAUGGUGAUGAUUCUGAUGACUUCCGUUUAGAGGAUGCACUUGAUGAUCAUUCAACCAAGCGACCUACUCCCAAGUUGCCCAAAAAGCCAUUGGAUGGAACAGGAUAUGGGGAUGGUUUGGACGAUUUCAGUUUGUCAGAUGCACUGGAUGACCUUUCCACCAAGCGACCUACUCCCACGCUACCCAGAAAGCCAUCGGGUGGAACAGAUAUUAGCUUAUGGGAUGUGAUCCACACCACCACAACCAAGAAGCCAAAAACCACCAAGGCCCCGCCCAAAAAGAAUCCAGCAAAGGAUCCUGCAGACUUUGACUUAUCCGAUGCACUAGAUGAUCAGAAUGAUGGGAAAGGCGGUGGGAAACCAAAUGUAAAACCUGGUGAAGGCUCGAAAGGUAAAGAUAACCCUUCAAGAGGUGGAAAACAGGCAUUUUCAGAUGACGAUCUGGCCGGUGUUCUGGACGAUGGGAAGUACCAUCCUGAUAAGAAGAAAGGUGGCAGCGACUACGAUGCAGGCACCACCGCCGAGACUGGGACAAUAGCAGGAAUAGCCAGUGCUCUUGUCGUGGCAUUGGUUGGCGCCGUCUCCAGUUACAUUUCCUAUCAGCAAAAGAAGUUUUGCUUCAGCAUACAACAGGGUCUUAACGCAGAGUACGUGAAAGGAGAAAACACGGAAGCUGUUGUAACUGAAGAACCUCAAGUUAAAUAUUCAGUCCUCGAAACACAGUCAGCAGAGCCGCCACCACCACAAGACACUGCGAAGGUCUAAAGCGUGGCCUUGGGCUGGAAGAGAAUCAGUCACACACAAAACCAUCUCACAUGCUUGUAAUUCAGCUUUUUAUUUAAUUUGGAUCCAAGCUAGUUAAUGUGUAUUUAGACUAGAAGUGGCUUCUUGUUGAUAUAGGUGGUAGGGCUAGAACGUCAGUGUCUUUUUAUGUUUUUGUAAAGAGUUGUACGUUUACAUGGAAUUUAAUAAUGUAGGAUUGAUUACACGUUGUGUACAAAACAACAAAAGGUGCUUCAAUAGGUUUUCAAGCACUGUUUAGGAUUUUCACGUUCGGGACAAGCAGCUGGGAUAAUGUCUUUUUCAAAGCGUGCCAGAGCGUACAGGUGUGAGGACGAUAAAGUGCCUGUAAAAUAACGAUCCAAAGCAAACCAUGCAAGAACCUUUGUAAAUCACUUCCAGUCAAUUUCUGCCAUCAGCUAUGCGCAUGCAGUGUCCAGUGUCAGCAGUGAAAAUUGUGUGUGUAGCUGAGGGUAGAUUUUGCUCCUUAGAGUAGCUACACCUAAAAAUAAAGUGCCUAUGGGUAGAUCCUCAUUUAGGGGCCCAGCCUUGGGGGUAACAAAGGCCUCUACUCAUUGGAGUCACAGAGUUGAGGGUGCACAUCAUCUCACACUACUAGGCUUCUACCCACCUUUAAGGACCCGAUUUUGAUACCAGAUAACUAUUCCUUGACUUUAGCAAAGCUUUUGGUACGGUCUCCCACAGUAUUCUUGCUGCCAAGUUAAGGAAGUAUGGGCUGGAUGAAUGGACUGUAAGGUAGAUAGAAAGCUGGCUAGAUCAUUGGGCUCAAUGGGUAGUGAUCAAUGGCUCCAUGUCUAGUUGGCAGCCGGUUUCAAACUGAGUGCCCCAAAGGUCAGUCCUGGGGCCGGUUUUGUUUAAUAUCUUUAUUAAUGAUCUGGAGGAUGGUGUGGACUGCACUCUCAGCAAGUUUGCAGAUGACACUAAACUGGGAGGCGAGGUAGAUACGCUGGAGGGUAGGGAUCGGAUACAGAGGGACCUAGACAAAUUAGAGGAUUGGGCCAAAAAAAACCUGAUGAGGUUCAACAAGGACAAGUGUAGAGUCCUGCACUUAGGAUGGAAGAAUCCUAUGCACAGCUACAGACUAGGGACCGAAUGGCUAGGUAGCAGUUCUGCAGAAAAGGACCUAGGGGUCACAGUGGGCGAGAAGCUGGAUAUGAGUCAACAGUGUGCUCUUGUUGCCAAGAAGGCUAACGGCAUUUUGGGCUGUAUAAGUAGGGGCAUUGCCAGCAGAUCCAGGAACGUGAUCGUUCCCCUUUAUUCGACAUUGGUGAGGCCUCAUCUGGAGUACCGUGUCCAGUUUUGGGCCCCAUGCUACAAGAAGGAUGUGGAAAAAUUGGAAAGAGUCCAGUGGAGGGCAACAAAAAUGAUUAGGGGUCUGGAGCACAUGACUUAUGAGGAGAGGCUGAGGGAACUGGGAUUGUUUAGUCUGCAGAAGAGAAGAAUGAGGGGGGAUUUGAUAGCUGCUUUCAACUACCUGAAGGGGGGUUCCAAAGAGGAUGGAACUCGGCUGUUCUCAGUGGUGGCAGAUGACAGAACAAGGAGCAAUGGUCUCAAGUUGCAGUGCGGGAGGUCUAGGUUGGAUAUUAGGAAACACUAUUUCACUAGGAGGGUGGUGAAGCACUGGAAUGGGUUACCUAGGGAGGUGGUAGAAUCUCCUUCCUGAGAGGUUUUUAAGGCCCAGCUUGACAAAGCCCUGGCUGGGAUGAUUUAGUUGGGGAUUGGUCUUGCUUUGAGCAGGGGGUUGGACUAGAUGACCUCCUGAGGCCCCUUCCAACCCUGAUAUUCUAUGAUUCUAUGAUAACGGUACAGAUCAUUGCGGUAUGGGAUUUUGGCAGGUAACACUGCCAUAUAUGGUUGUGGCUGAGAUGGGCAUUGAGCCUCGAGUGCCAGGGUUUGGCUAUGACAACACUGAAACUUCUGCAUUGUCGCUGAGAUUAACUGAAACCUGUGCACACUUUGUAUGGAUUUAGGGACAGGUUCAGAUCUCAUUUACUCCAGUCAUUUGACUUCAGAGAGAGCUGAGUUAAAACUAAUCGAGUGUUUUUAAAAAGAUCACGUAAUUAACCUGUGAAACUCACUGCCACAAGAUAGCCAUUAAGAGCUUAGCAAAAUUAAAAACCCCAACUAUGUAGUAUGGCUGAUCAGCACGUGCAUAGUUAUUUUAGCUGGGGGGAAAGGGGGAUAUAAAGCCUCAUUCUUCAGGGCAUAAGCUAACCUCUGAGAAUGGUUAGGAAGAAACUGCCACUGACGGUAGCAUUAUCCUCUAUGGGGUUUCUUACACCUUCCUCUGAAGCAUUUGAUGCUGGCCACUGACAGGAUACUGUACUCAAGCUGAAGCAGCACUCUGAUCUGUGUUCCUGUUUAACUGAGAUUGAUUCUGGCCUCUGGUAGCUUGACUAGCACUUGUUACAACUUUUUUUUUUUCUUUAUGCCCCUUUCAUUGCUGCUAAAAUGUGGACACUGCCACGUGCCAAUACAUUGUUCAAAAUUAGCCGAAUUGGGAAAAGGAGGCUUUGAAACAAAGGAAAAGUCUUCACUUUCUCAAGUGGAAAAGGUACAAAGUGUUUAUAGAAUCAGGACGUGUGUACAUUUUGUAAUGUUUUGCAAAAAUCCCCAUUAUGUGAAAGGGAAGCAGCAGCCGAGUAAGAAUGUCUAGUUUUCGGUUUGAUGUACAUGCUCAAUUUUCAUGAAGGGACUUACAUGGGGCCUUGCCUGUAGGUAUUUGUAUAAGCCUAGGGACAUUUCUGUGUAACAAUCUAAUUUAAAGGAAAGUACCUAGUAGCAUUGUAAAUGUUUUGCAGCAGCUGUACAAUUCCUUAUGCUCUGUUUUUUGACACAUGCAUUUCAAAAGCCUUAUAAGAGCUUUACAGGCAGAAAUACAUUGUUUUAUGAAUGCGUUUGUAUUACAAAACAAAAUGUAAUAAGCUGUUUCCAAAGUUCUCAUUUAACUAUUGGCUUCUAUGGUACUGGAGCAGGAAAAAUAGACAAGAAAUACAGCAUUCAUGCUUGCUUAGAUACUCUAGAGUAGGUUUAUCAAGGAGGAAAUGUGGUUUGUAGAAUUUUGAAGAGCACAUAAAGAAACCCAGAUGCUAACGAAGCCACAAAGCUGAAUUCAUAUGACUGUAUAUUUCCAAAUAGCGUAGUUUGUUUCUUUCCUAGCCAAACAUGUUUGAAAGCUGUAGUAUAAAAGCAUUUUUAGAUAAAUAUUGGAGAUAAAGGUUAGUAUAUGGCACUGGUACAACACCAGGAACCAUUUUCUCGGGUAGAUCAAGUGAACAUAAUUCCAUAUUUCAUUUUUGCCGAUGAAAGAAAGUGUUUUCAUGAGUAUAGAUUGUCAAAUGUUGUUGCAUUUCUAUUACUGCUCUGUACAAUCACUGUGUGUGUCUACUGUACAGUGGAUUGGCGUGUUGCUUACUUUAGGAGAGACCACUUAACCCUUGCAGGGAAAGUGUUAAAAAACUAGAACAUUUGAGACCUGUUAAUAAUUCACAAAUAUUGCCAUUUUCUAUUUUAAAGUAGUUUCUCUGAGAAGAAUACCAGGUUUUAGAACUCAGAAGUAGAUUGCACAGAACCUGCUUUUUUCCCCACAGCCUUUUCUAGGAUUCUGGUAAGCAGUUAUGCCUUAAUGUAAUUUAUAAUUACAAUAUCAGAAAAAGUACGUAUAUGCACAGCAGAACUCCUGUUCCAAGUUUACAAUAGCAUAAUUUGGCAUCUAGGAGAAGGAGGGCUUUAAAGAGGAGACUACAUUAAAAAAAGUAAGACUUAGCCAGAGGCCUGUCUUCAACAAGGUUAGCAAAUUGGACAAAAAAUCCAAAUCAGUCUAGGACUAUCGUGAUGUACUAAAUAUCAAACUAAAGAACAAUUGCUCUGUUUUUUGUUGCAUUCUUUCUCCCCAUCCUUCAUCUCUGGAUUGUCUGUUCAGUCUCUGGAGGGGCAGCCACCAUCUGUACAGCACCUCAAAUCAUUCUUAUUUGUAACUUCUCAGUAGCGGUGCAAGUUAUGUUUUACUUUAUGCUCCAGGGGAAUUUGAUAGGGCUGUUACUUCCCUACUAAAGACCUUCAUAUUUAAAAACAGGUGACAACUUAAAAAAAAAAAAUGCCCUGCACUGAAACGCUGCAUACAUGGUCUGAGCCACAUUCCCCUUUGAAGUAUCCAGAGAAAAAUAUUUGCAAGUCGAACGUGGUAGGAUACAGGAAAAAUGUGACAUGGCCCAACGCUAAGUGAAAUGAUUUAACUUUCUGUUAGUCCAAAAUAUAGCCGAGGACCUGCUGGAAGGUUAUAUACUGCCUGUGCUGGAGCCAGGCACUCACCAUGCCCUGCUUUUUGGACGCUGAGACCACUUCUAAUUAAAGUCCAUUCGUGUUCUGUACAUUCAUGAAACGGAUCCUUGACAAGAAACUCUCUCUAGUCACAUGAAGCUUUCGUUUGUUACUAGAUUAGUGACGUGCAUUUUCCUUUGGUAAAGUUGUAAUUGUUCUUUCAAGCCAGAGUAUUGACACAUUCGGUUUUGACUUGACACUUUUUACUACACCUUCGGAAGCUCUUAUUAAAAUCCCCCAUUUUCAUGUAACCCAAUAGUACAUAUUCUUAAUGAUUUAUUUUGUUGUGGUAAAAGUGGAAUUAGUCCAUGAGAACCAUUUAAAAUUAAGAAAACAUUAAGAUUUAAAGUGGAAAGACGGUCUUGGCUGUUAAACAUUGUUUGUGUGACAAGUGACGUUCAGAAACCAUAUGGAUGAAAUUAGAUAAAGAGUAAAUUAAAUAAUUUCUUUGAAUAAAAGCAAGGCAUACAGUUUACUAAGGCAGAAUUGAUCUGUACCAAAUGAAAUUUGUGUAUUAUGCUGUGAAAAGGCAGACUCAUUUUGCUAAAGUGCAUAUAAGGCUUAUAGGGAAAAAUCAGAAUUUGAUUGCUGAACUACCAUUGGAAAACUAUGAAUAAAACAGACUGACUCAUACAGUGA